CCUCUGCUCUCCGCUAUGCUGUAGUCAGAUGACUGCAUGUCGCUCAGCUUCGCCUCCACUCAGGCUUUAUUUUGGCUUUCCGUAUCUCUCCGCCAUUAAAGACUGCCCGCCGAACAACACUAAGCGAUGGAUUUCCCGACUCUGAAAUGCUCCUAACGCCGAGCGGGACGCGGGGAGACCGGGCAUUUUAGCUGCAGCGGCCUUUUUCGACGGAGAGGUACAAUGUAAGGUCGUGUUUAGAGGCUGGACGAGGCUGAAAGCGGCUCUGACCGACUCGGAGAGGUUUGUUGUGGGAACUCGCGCAGAGCAGAGAAGGAGAACAGGAAAAGCAGCGUGCUGCCUGCCUGCUCUCUGUAUGUGACAUCAGCACCGGUGUGAGUGUGUGUGUGUGUGUGUGUGUGUGUGUGUGCGUGAGUGUGUGUGUGUGUCAGCUGCUGCUGAACGACCAUGACGGAGCUGGGUAUGAAAUGGGCCUGCGAGUACUGCACCUACGAGAACUGGCCAUCUGCUGUCAAAUGCACCAUGUGUCGCGCUCAGAGGCCGAGCGGCACCAUCAUCACCGAGGAGCCGUUUAAGAGCGGCUCCAUGCUGGACUCCCCGCACGGCGACUCAGGUGGCAGCAGCCUCCUGAUCUGCCCAGAUUCCAGCGCCCGGCCCCGUGUGCGCCAGGCACAGACCACCGAGUCCAGCGCCAAGUGGUCCUGCCACAUGUGCACCUACCUGAACUGGCCGCGCGCUGUCCGCUGCACGCAGUGUUUGUGCCAGAGGCAGCGCUCCUGCAGCCCCACCGAAACACCCCAGACCUCCGGCUCGGGCCUCAGGUUUAGGUCUGGGUCAGCGCCCCCUGUGGACCCAUGUGAAGAGUAUAACGACAGGAACCGGCUGAACACUCGUGCUCAGAGGUGGAUCUGUGCUGCCUGCACGUAUGAGAAUUGGCCCAAGACGCCACGCUGUGUGGUGUGUGACCACCCACGGCCCAACGACGCCAUCCAGCUGACUGAGCCGGACGAGCCGUCGCCGGUCAUCAACGAGCAGGACCGCGUGCGAAUGCAGCGAGCCGGAGGCGUAUGUGGGCCUGUGGGCCAGAGGCGGUCCCCGCCCGCCUCCAAACGGGACUCGGAGGUACAGAUUCAGGACAUUCAGUGUAUCGAGCUGGCUGCAGGAGCCCAUGGCAGUAAGGAGGAGCUGGAGAUGGACUUUAAAAAGCUCAAGCAGAUCAAGAACCGCAUGAGGAAGAGUGACUGGCUGUUCCUCAACGCCUGUGCAGGAGUGGUGGAGGGCGAUCUGGCUGCAGUAGAGGCCUAUAAGUCCUCAGGUGGAGACAUCGCUCGGCAGCUGACGGCUGAUGAGGUUCGUUUGCUGAAUCGACCGUCUGCCUUUGACGAAGGUUUCACGCUCGUCCACCUCGCCAUCCGCUUCCAGAGGCAGGACAUGCUCGCCAUCCUGCUGACCGAGGUGUCUCAGCAGGCGGUGAAGUGUAUCCCGGCGAUGGUGUGUCCCGAGCUGACGGAACAGAUUCGCAGAGAAAUCGCCUCCUCGCUGCACCAGCGCAAAGGAGAUUUCGCCUGUUACUUCCUCACGGAUUUAGUCACCUUCACUCUACCAGCAGACAUUGAAGAUUUGCCUCCUGCAGUUCAAGAAAAGCUGUUUGAUGAAGUUCUCGACCGUGAUGUACAGAAAGAGCUGGAGGAGGAGUCUGCUGUGAUUAACUGGUCUCUGGAGCUGGGCACUCGUCUGGACAGUCGUCUGUACGCUCUGUGGAACCGAACGGCCGGAGACUGCCUGCUGGACUCGGUGCUACAGGCCACCUGGGGAAUCUACGAUAAAGAUUCGGUCCUCCGCAAAACGCUGCAUGACAGCCUGCACGACUGCUCACACUGGUUCUAUACUCGGUGGAAAGAGUGGGAGUCGUGGUACUCGCAGAGUUUCGGCCUCCAUUUCUCCCUCAGAGAGGAACAGUGGCAGGAGGACUGGGCCUUCAUCCUGUCCCUCGCCAGCCAGCCUGGAGCGAGUUUGGAGCAGACUCACAUAUUCGUUCUUGCACACAUUCUCCGUCGGCCGAUCAUAGUUUACGGAGUGAAGUAUUACAAGAGUUUCCGUGGAGAAACGUUAGGCUACACUCGCUUUCAAGGUGUGUACUUACCGUUGCUAUGGGAACAGAGCUUUUGCUGGAAAAGCCCUAUCGCUCUUGGUUACACGAGGGGUCACUUUUCUGCGCUGGUCGCCAUGGAGACAGACGGCUACGACAAUCGCGGCGCGGGCGCCAAUCUCAACACGGACGACGACGUCACGGUAACCUUCCUCCCAUUGGUCGACAGCGAGAGGAAGCUGCUGCACAUCCACUUCCUGUCGGCACAAGAGAUGGGUAACGAGGAGCAGCAGGAGAAGCUGUUGAGGGAGUGGCUGGACUGCUGCGUGACGGACGGCGGGAUGCUGGCCGCUAUGCAGAAGAGCUGCAGGCGGAGGAACCAUCCACUGGUCACUCAGAUGGUGGAGAAGUGGCUGGACGGAUACAGGCAGAUCCGACCCUGCCCCACGCUGUCCGACGGAGAGGAGGAGGAGGACGAAGAAGACGAGUGAGGACGAGACGGACUGUGGGGGAUCGAAAUUCUCAGAAACUGAUUCACCAUUUAUUUUCACGUCAGGGAGGGAAGGGCCUCCAGCCAUUUCACACCAACACACAAACGCACUCACUAAGGAAAAGUAGGGUUUUAUUGAUGGACAUUUCUACACCCCCCCUGCCCCCCGCCCCCCCCAUCAUUUCUCAUAACGCUACACUAGAACCGCA